GCCGUAGCUUCUGGGUCUCGCAGCCGCUCAGAUGCAAGCCUCAACCACGAGCCUGGCUCCAGGGGGUCCCGGCUGCACCAUAGCGGGCGACGUCAUAGCAGGAAGUCUUGGUUUGACUUGUCCCAUAAGGGUUUUGCGAAUCGCUUCUAGUCCGGCUCGUCGCCCAGCACCUGUUUGCCAUAGGAGACCUUCCCAGGGGCGUUUAGCUCCCGGGGUCAUUCAAAACACAAACUCCUCCACCACAAUAAGGUGGUGGUUCAAGGAGUUGUGUGUUUUAAUGUUGUAACUAUGUUCUUUUACUUCCUCAUCACUUUUGAGAAAAUUACCUCCAACUUGAAAAAAAGAAAACGACAGAGCUGAGACCAGUUAAAAUUCAGUUUGUGACAUUAAUGAAGUACGACCUCUGACCACAUGAGGGAGGAGUCUGUGUGGUGGAAAUUUUCCAUAAAGAAGCAGAUGAGAGAGUUGUCCUUUUGUGUGAUUUAUUGAAAUAAUAAAGAAAAUAAAAAUAAUGGGGAAAGCAAAUAAAAAGCAUGGAUGUUGAUCGUGCACAUCAACAAACCAAAAACCAGCUGGGGAGAUCAGUGCACACACCACGAAGGUGUGAUGCAAAGAGCCCACGAUCCUCGCGUUGCUUCUGCCUUUUAACCCCUUUCUCUGGCUCUGGUGGAACGUAUCGCUGCAGCAAUGGAAUUGUUUGUGCCACCUUAUCUCGCUGUGAGUGAGAAUGUUUGCUUUCUCACUUCUGCAUCGUCAUGUCUUGUUAUCCAAAGGAAGGCACACCGAGCUUCCAAGACAAGAUGCAUUGGCUUUAACAGCCUUGGGUCUGGUGGGGAGUCAGAUAGGAUGGAGCCAGAGUCCAGGUGUAAAAGACAAACAUGUAUCAUAAAUUAUUAGUCAGUCAAAUGGAACAUCAGAUGUUUAGACUUGAUGUACGACAGCACAGGAGAUUAGUUGUUUGUGUAAGAAUGUUCAGUAUUGCAACUAACCAGCACAUGAUGAGUGUGUUGGAUAAGAAAUAGCACAAGGCAAAAUUUUUCCAUUACAGUCUGUGAACCGACAGGAUGUGUCUUCAUCUAAAUGAUGGAGGCGACCAUGAGGAAGUGAGACCUGACUAAGCAUAAACCACAUCAGUGCUGAAGAGGCUCCAGUUUCCAGCAGCAGAGACGGAGGCACCAUGGUUGGACACACAUGGAUCCACAGCUUGUUAAUAGUGACAGGGCUUCAGUUCACAGGAGCUGCUUUGAUCAGACGUGGAGACGACGUCUCUUUCCCUUGUAACUAUCUGAUCCCUGAUCAGAGUCAGUGUGACGCCACCACCUGGAUCUACAGUGUCUCAGGACCAGCACCAGUGGAGCUGGUUACACAUGGGAAGAUUAGAGAAAAUGCUGCAUCUAAAUCCAACAGACUGAGUUUAACAGAGAACUGUUCUCUGGUCAUAAAGCAGGUCACAGAUCAGGAUGCUGGUCGUUACACCUGCAGACAGUUUGAUAAAUCAGGACGACAACAAGGUGGAGAUGGUCCAGUUGACUUGUCUGUUGUUACCUUGACUCAACAUGAACACGAUAAUAAGGUGACGUUAAACUGCCGCGUGUGGACGAAUAGUCAGUGCAGACACACAGUAAAGUGGCUGUUUGAGGAUAAAGACCUGGAAAAGACUUCAAUAAAGUCAUCAGAGUCUCUCUGUGACGCUGCUGUUACUUUUAGUAGAAGUUCCUUCUAUUCAUCGCGCUCCAUUAUUUCAUUUACGUGUGAAGUGAGAGAUGGUCACAAUCAUCAAAGCUCCACCUUCAACCUUCAGCCUCAAGGUGACGACAAACCACCAGCAACAGGUGGAGGUCUGUGGAGGAACGUCGUGGUCUCGGUGGCUGUAACGUCUCUGGUGGUGGUGGUGGUCACAGUCCACGUGUGGACCAGAGCUGAAGGGAACAAAGGGACGGAUCAAGCAGUUCACGGUGAUGAAGACGAUGGUGAAGGUGCAGCGACGUAUGAAAACGCCAGAGACUCGUCUGCUUCAGUCUGAGCAACGACGGCAUCAACUCACCACGCGCAUUCAUCCUGCUGCGUCUGAGUCUCUGUUCUGUUGUUAAACCAUGAAUAAAGCAUCAGACGUUUA